AUAAACUAUCUGAGUUUAUCACUAACAUAUUGCCGCACGUAGUGUAGUGGGUUCGUCUGCGGCUCCCAGUUCUGGGGACCGCGGAUCGAAUCCCGCUCACUGCUUGGCAGUAUCUUAGUGAUAAACAAAGUAGUUCUUCUUCAAUAUGACUUACACGCAUUAUACUCGCCCGUCAUGAUCAGAGGUCUGAUCGGGGUGAAGCAUUCUCUGUUGAGAAUGAAAUACGAAUGUAACUGUGCUAUUUUUUGUUUUUAACUCAGGUAAUAAGUGGAGUCGUUACUCUCCAAAGACAAGAUCAUGUGUGAUCAAACCCCUCCUGCUAAAUUUUUUUUUUAACUGGGAUAAUAAGUGGAGUUGUCACUCUCCAAAGACAAAACUGAGUGUAGUCAAGCCCCCUUGCUGACUCAUUCUGGUUAAAAUAUUCUUACCUCAUCUCUUCUAAAAAGAAAACAUAUGACUCGUGACUGUUAAUAGUGACCUUAAGAAAUAAGGACGGGAAGUUUUAAGGACGGGAAUUUCCUAGAAUUACGUAAUUUUUAAACACUGCGCAUGUUUAGAACAAAGGUGAUUCCACCUAUUCAGCCGUCUAGCGAAAGUUCACAACGUGAAGACACAUGGUUUCACGUCGUGAAAUAAAGGUGACAACAAAGUUUUUCUUUUUCGCUUUACUUGAUAAAAAUGGAUGAAGAAAUUGCGAAGAGUGUCAAAAAAAGGUAAAAAUCAUCAUUAUGGAUAUACUUUUCUCCAAAUUUGUUACAUAAAUGCAAUAUAAGUGUAUAGCUAAUCUGUGAGUGUGUACGAAAGUGAAAGCUACUUUUUCUACUAUUUUUUUAAAAUUUUCAAGGUCACAUAUGGUUUAGAACGAUCGUAAAGACGAACUGUUGUUAAGAGAAGUGCUUCUUUUUGAACCCUACAAAUAUAAAGCACGAACAAAAAAGAGAGGGAAUGCUUGGAAAGUUAUUGCUGAAAACUUAAAUCAGCUGGAUUCGGAACAAUUUAAAGCGGAUCAAAGAUCUGUUCGUGAAAGAUUUGGAAUUUUAAAAACACGUUACGAAAAUAAAACUCGAGAAGAAUUGAAAGCUAGUGGUAUUGCUCCUGAGUUUGAUGAAAUUAUGGAUGCGAUGGAAGAUAUUUCAGAGAAAAUUAAGGAGUAUGAAAAGGUACAUGCUGAACAAGAUAGCCAGCAAUCAGAGAAAAAUGAAAAAGAAGCUAAUGCAGCAUCCGACAUGAGAAUGAAAGCUUUAGAAACGUUCAGUGAAAGUAAAAAAAGAAAGGACCUAACCACAGAGGCUGGAGGUGAAGAUACUGAGAAAAAAGCAAAAAAAACUAGAAGUUCUGGAACUGAUACCAUACAAUACUUGAGGGAAAAAGGUGAGAGAGAACAGAGUUUGAGAAAAGAUGAGUUGACAUUGAAAAAACAAAAAUAUGAAAUGCAAGCAGCACAGCAAACAUCUGCUGAAAAUCAACAACGGGAGAUGAUCCAAGUUAUUAGAGAACAGAUGGAGUCACAGCGACAACAGACACAGCAGAUGUUAAUGUUUUGGCCAAUAUAA